UGGUUUGCAAGAACAGCAAGUGAUAGUGACGACACCACCACUGACCUGGAGCAUGGAGGAACAGGUCAGUCAGGCUAGUAGCCCUGAAAGUGGGACUCACCUGUCCAAUGUGAGUGGUUACUCAUUGGGAGAAGCUAUUGUCCAGAGAGCAAAGCAGGGCAAUGAGUCAGGUUCCCAGCUGCAGGCAGCAGCAGCAGCAGGUAUUGGGGGAAUGACUUCAGCAUCUGUUUCCCAGUUGUUACUGGCUGGUACUAAGUGCCAACAGAGCUUUGAGGAGUUCCCCACCAUAGAGAAAGGGACGAUCACCGUGACUGAAGAAUCGAUGAGUACGCAAAGGGACUUCAGGGAACGUCAACCCAGACUCGAGCUGCAGGGAAGUGGGUUGUCUUCAGCUCCUCCGCUCUUGGCCUCCUACACCAGGCAGAGUCCGGAAGAUGUAAAACUUUCCAACGUGACUUUUCAUUGCUCUCCAGUGGAGUUUGCCCCUCUGAGAGGGAGCCCUGACUUAUCUGGAGUUCUGAGUGAGGGAUACACACGAGCCUACCGAGGAAGCAGCUUCCAGGAGGCAGUAAUACCUGAGGCUUCCGCAGACUGUGAGAGAGAGAGCCCCCCACUGUCACAGCACCUGUUUGGAGACAGCAGCAGCAGGGAUUCCCUGUCACAGCAUUCCCUGACGCCCCCCAGCCCAAGGUGGUCAGAGGCAACAGAAGAUGAAGAUUUCACUCGAGCAGAGAAGUACAUUGGUGACCAGAACUUCAUGGAGCUUCCGAGCAUCAAAAGGGAUGGAUGUCAGCCACGGGCAGGUGGCAUAUACAGAGCUCCUCUCUCUGAGCACAAGUUACCUCUGGGUGGAGAGUUGCCUGCUCCCCAAGUGCUGGAGGAGGCUGUUGAAUUGCCCAGCAGCUCUGGCUCCAGGAGAGGAGCUGAAGUGAGUGGGCCCCUUAUUGAUAACCAGAGGAGCAGUUUGCUGGCUGCAGGAGCAGUUAAACAUGGUAUUGCAGCUCUUGGAAAGGAAUGGGAGUCAGCUGCAACUGAGCAGCCACCCCUGAACCCCGAGUCGGCUCUCGUUUCUCCAGAUUGCUCUAGCCCUGAUCACGCCAUGCUCCACGAGCAGCCAACCCUGCCUGAGCCCUGCAACGCCUGUCCGGAUCCUCUUGGAAAAGGGAACUUGGCUCCAUCAGGCCCAGACAGGUCAGAGGUUUCUGACGCCCUAUUCCGUUCACAAGGCUGGCAAGUGAGCAAGACCAGUCAAACCGCUUGCUCUGAAGCAAGUUUGCAGCGUCAACCAACUUCUUUCUCUUUAUCUGCUCCAUCCAAGAAUGGCUUUACAUCAGGAGCUGGACCAGGGUCUGCCUGCAUGGAGCCCACCACCUCAUCCAACGGGAAGGUUGAUACCAUCACGGAGGUGAAGACCACAAAAAGUACCGACAGCAAGAGUGAUGGCACAGCAUUGUCUGGCUACAGCAUAGAGCAGGAGCAGAAGGACACUGAGCUCUCUCCCACAGUGUGUCCAGCAAAUGUCACGGAUUCCUCUUUCCUCACCUCCUUAGCUGACCCUGUCUGUCAGUCCACACCAGCCGUCCCCUUGAAUGCACCAGCCAAGGGCCUUGCUCUGUUGGGUCAGGCAAGGCGAGUGGUCAUUCACCACCUGGAAAGCCAGAUUGCUGCUUCUGGCAUCUCCAAGGUUUCAGUGGAAUCCUUAUCAAACAAGAAGGAUUUGACCAAGAGUAGUAAAAAUGCCGCCACCACCACCACUACCACUUCCACCAGCAGCUGGGCCUGUCCAAGUGUCUUGCAGUCCAUGGCUCCCCUGAACUACAUGGAGAAAGUUGGAGCUUGGGACAUACACCAUGGCCCAGGUGGCAAGCCCACCUUUGACAGCCUGGUGUUACAUGGCCUGAGAGGAGUGUCUCCCCGACAGCGGGCCUACAGUGCUAUCGCCGACUCGCUCAAUAAUAUCCUGUCACGGAUCAAUGCGGCUCCAACGUCCAGCUGUCUACCAAAGCGGCGUAUCGCAGCGACCUUUGGAACUGCCCACCUGCAGACUGGCCACCAACUGAGGACCCAGAGGACAGGCCAGAGCACCAGUCAUCUGUCAGGAACCGGCAGUGACCAUCCUGUUGGGCCUGGGAGGCCAGCUGCUCUGAGGAGGAUGUCACAAUCAGAUGAGAGGAGAGGACACCACGACGAUGCCUCUCUCUGUAAAGCUGACCCACCUCAUUGCCACCUAAAUUGGGACAGAGCAUCUAGCAUUCACUCACUUGAGUCUGUCAGUACCCUGGCUGAAUGCCAUUUGUCCCACCAGAGCGGAGACAGCCCAUUGAUGCAGGAGGCCCCUCUGUCUCCCACCCUUGCUGAGCAAAGGGAGAACAGCAGCUCCAGACAGACCGCAAGAUCCUCUGGUACCACCUUACCUGGCCCACACCCUUCAAGUGUCGCUGCCUGCCCUGAGCGAUUCAGUGUUGCCUCCCCACAGGAUGAGCUCAAACUGCCGGGCAGCUCACAGGAGAGCAGUCGGGCAGGAGAGCAGACACUGACCAUGUCAGGCCACUCACUGACCAGCCUGGAAGUUGAUAACUACGUUCCCAUCUGGACACCAUCACGGCUGACGCCAGAUGCCAACCAAUUCAAUGUGGAGGACAGGAUACCGGUAGGUACCUGA